AUGGUGCUCAGAAUAAAAGGCGCUAUCGAUCGUAGUAUUGCUGAAGAGCAAGCUCGUCAGCGAUCUCUUGCCGAGCAAAGAUCCCACUCCAGGUCUCCUUCCGCCUUGGGCCAGGGCCAACGUCCACGUUCUGUUUCGAGAACUAAUAGUACCAACUCACCUGCAAAGAGGAAGCCAAGGAAAUCCAACCAAGAUACUCUGAGCCCAGAUGGAAUCGCCAACCCAGAUCCGGCCGUUUUCGAGGCUGCCUUCGUUCUCGACGACGAAGAUGCCGACCCCCCUCUCGCGACUACGAAUGUCCAAACAACUCCGUCCGAUAAUGCCGCCAAGGAGGGAACAGUUCUAGACGAGAAGCAAAAUGGCGACGCCAAAACUCAGGCGGACGCCGCGAGAGAUGAGAAAUCUAAGGAUGCUCUGUCCUCUUCCCCGGCUGAACUUCCGUCUCACAUAAAAGCCAAGCUUAGAAAGCUGGAAAAGCUCGAAUCUACUUACCCAGAACUACUCCGAUCAUACCGAAUCGCUCACGGUCGAGCUACGUCCAUUGAGCCAUUCGAACGAGCCUUGCGCGAAAACACACCUUUGACUACUAUUAAAGACCCAACUGCACUUGUAGAAUACUUAAACCAGUUGAAUCUGAAAGGGGACAUGGUUAUGGAAGAGUUUAAGCGCGUUUCGGCCGAGAGAGAUGACUUCAAGAAAAAGUCUGAAGAGGCUGACAAGAAGUUGAUUGCUCUCCAAGAACAAAUCGUAACCUUGAAAGUUGCUAAGCUUGAAACUGCUACGAUACCAACGGAUGGCCAGAUAAAAGAGACGUCAGAACAGAAAAUCGAAGAAGCAAAGCAGACAACGUCACCAUCAGCAAGCAAGUCUCCAGUCUCGUCCAUAUUCAGUGUCUUUUCUCCUAAACAGAAACCAGUGAUUCCCGCCAACGAGCCUAAGGAUGUGUCAGAGGACAUGUUCUCUUAUGACGACGAGAUUCCCCAGUUGCAAGCCGAGGUCGCAUCGAAAUCUGAAGAAAUCACUAAGCUCACAUCGGAGAUCAAUAUCCUGAGGGAGGAGUUAGCUGUUGCCAAGGAGAACAGCGUUGGGUUAGUGGAGAGUCUUGAGAAAGCCUCGCGAGAACUCAGCGAAAGCCGUGACAAGGGCGACAUCCAGGACUCAGUACAAGCCCAGUUAGAUGCCAAAAACACUGAAAUCCAGCUACUCACCCAGAAGCUCGAACAGACUCAAUCACAGCUUAAAAUCUUAGAGAUUAAUUCGGAGGAUGAGAAAUCCAAAGCAGCAUCCGCUAUACAAGAGCGAGAUGCUAAAUUUGCAGCUUUCGGUGACAAGAAUGCGGAACUUGAUGCUGAGCUAAAGAAACUCGGCGAAGCGAAAUCUGAGCUAGAAUUGAAAGUGCAAAAUCUUACCAGCGAGAUCGAUUCGAUAAAGAAGUCUAAGUCUGAGAGUGAAGCAAAAGUCGAGCAGCUCAACAAGCAAAUCCAAUCUGCUCCUAAAUCCCCUUCAGUACCACCGUCUGGAUCUUUAGGAGUGCCAACGACAGUCACUACGACGACUGGGGGUUCUAAGAAGAACAAGAAGAAAAAGAAGAAGGGCGGCGCUUCUAAUAAUAACGUGGUAGAGGCUACUCCCAGCGAAACUUCCGAGCAAGCGCAACUAUCCCCUCUUCAGAGUCCAGAGACAGAGGCUCUCAAGGCUGAAGUAACUCAACUCAAAGAUGAAAUACUCCAGAAGGACACCCAAAUUGAACGGUUGUCUAAGCAAAGAAAGACCGAGGAGGAUCUGAGGGAAGAGAUCGAGAACAUGCAAGAAAACCUCAUCAGCAUUGGUCAAGAUCACGUCAAGCAACUCGAAGACGAGGUGUCUAAGUUGAAGAGAGAGAAGAACGCCAUUAGUGAGGAGAUGGGACUGAAGGUGCAGCAGUACAACAAUGCUCAAGGUCUCUUGGGCUCUAUGCGCGACCAGACGGCUGAGUUGUCUAUCCAACUCAAGGAGGCACAAAGUCAGUCAGAGAGCUUAGAGGAAGAAUUGGCCGAAGUACAAAAGCAUCUCUCGGAGAGAACGCGCGAAGGUGAGACGAUGCGCCGCAUGCUAGCCGACGUCGAUGAGCGAGCAGACACCAAGGUGCGCGACUUGCGUACUCGUAUGGAAGCCGCCAUAGAGGAGCGCGAUCGCAUUGAAGAUGAAAUGUCUACUCUCGCUCGACGCCGCGCUCGUGAGGCAGAAGAACUGAAGACUAAAGUUCGAGAGCUGGAGCGCGAAGUGCGGACUCUUUCCAAUGAUAAAGAUGAGUUAAAAGCUCAUGAAAAAGAGUGGCGCCAUCGCCGCGAAGAGCUUGAGCAGAUUGAAGAGAAGGCAACAGCAGAGGUAGAAGAAAUGCGUGCAGUGGUGACCAGCUUACGGUCCGCCCUAGACGCAUCUGAGCAACAGGUGCGCGACGCAGAAAAGCAGCGUGUCGACCUUCGAAAGCUUUUAGACGAAGCUAGGGGUCGCUAUGAGAAGGCAAAUAAGGAACUCAAAACUGUCCAAGCCAGAUUCAACGUCGGCGGUAGCUCUACAACUCUUGCAAACAGUGGAAGAUCUAGCAGUGAUUCUACUCGAAGCGGCAUGAAUGGAUCGGGUAAUUCCUCAGCUGGUUCCAGUGUUCCGGAUACGAUGUAUCUGAAGACCAUUCUACUCCAGUUUCUCGAAGUCAAAGACGAGAAAGUACGAUCUCAACUGGUGCCGGUAUUGGGGAAGCUAUUACGAUUUGAUCGGAACGACGAACAAAAAUGGAUGGCCGCUGUCCAACAUCUGUCGAAACCAGGCAGAUAG